AAAUGUCACUUUUACUCAUUUCAAUGCUGUAAUCAUUGUAAUGCUGUAAUUAAGCUUGUUUUAAAAUUACUUUAAAAAUUCUUUAAACAAUGCUAGUUCCCCAUCCCCAAAUCCGGGCCCACGAUUCAAAAAAAUUACCAGAACGUUUUAUUUACUUACAUAAAAACAAUUUAACGGGUACGGAUAAUUGAAAUUCCACUAUAAAAUAGGAAAUAAAAUGUAUGUUUGCCUGCAAUAAAAACUAUAGCAAAUUAUAGAACUAUCAAAGAAUUUGUACCUAAAUGUACACCAGAAAGAUGCAUAAAAGAUUUUCAAUAUAUUUAGUUCAGUUAACUAUUCUUAUAACUUUCCUGUUAUUACCAGUAAUAGAGAAUCGUAAAAGAAGACAACGUUACAAAUUCCACACCAGCCCAAAUGAAAGACUUUGUAUACGAGCUGACCAAACUCUCAGAGCUCGCCACAAAAGUUGUUUUCUCCGUCCAGAUACAGGGCCUUGCAGAGCAGAUAUUAUCCAAUGGUAUUAUGAUGUGAGGCAGGCCAGAUGCUAUCGUUUCUUCUGGGGUGGAUGCCAAGGCAAUGGAAACAAAUUUGAGUCAAGGAAAGCUUGCAGACAGUAUUGUAGAUUAAACAUAACUUAUGCUCAAACACGAAUCCCCUUUUUUUGUUCACUGUCGUUUGAGUAUGGCACCUGCUUUGGAUACUUCAAUCGUUGGACGUGGGAUACUCUGACAAAGACGUGCCGACAAAAACUAUACUCUGGUUGUGGAGGUAAUCAGAACAAUUUUCAGAGUCAGGCUGAAUGCUUGGCAACCUGUAUGAAUGCUCCCAAUAAUACACUACAGAAAUCUCAACAGUUUACAACAUGCAUCCCAUUACCCAUACCUGAUAUUCAUUGAGAGGUCUUUAAAAAACAAAUGAAAUACUAUUUAUUGAAUAUGAUUACUGUAAAGUGUAAUAAAAACUCUGUGUGUGAAAUCCUA